CCCCCUCCCCUCUCUUCUGCACUAUGAGACCCUCCAGAGCCAACUAAAACUUAUGUGUAUGUGUGGCUCUCUCUCUAUCACCCUUUCCUCUCUGACAUUCCAGUGCAGUUGAGGGAUUGAGUGCCUGGAUACAGACACAGGAGGCAACACACUGCGAGGGAGUGAAAGGGAAAUCUCUUCUCUGGGCUGUAGACUAAAAAGUGUUUGGAUAUUGUCCACCAGAUCGAACUUUGAGCACAGUCUAAUUGUGCCUUUAUUUUUUCUGAUUUCUUGAUUUCUCUAUCUGAACAUUUCAUCAAUAAAGAGAAUCAGAAGCAUCACAAAGCAUUUUCUCUAGCUGUGGAUUUAAACAGAUCGAGUGAUUGGGCACAAAGAUCAGAGAACUGGUUCAUCAAUCGAAGGGGCUGUGAUAGCCCUGUCUCCUCCAUGAUGGCAGAACUGCAGCCCACCACUAACAGUCUCCAGGUUCCAGAUGAGGACAGUUGCAGGUCUACAUCUCCAAGCAGCUCCCCCUCUACCUCCAGGAAUGACUGCAGUAUCGCUCCUCUCACUCCCUCACCCUCUCCGAGGACUGAGCUGAGGCCACGUGUAGCACGUCCAUUUUCUGUAGUGGUGGCUAUUGAUUUUGGCACCACCUCCAGUGGCUAUGCCUUCAGUUUCACAGAGGACCCAGAGGUCAUCCAUAUGAUGAGGCGAUGGGAGGGUGGCGAUCCAGGUGUGGCCAAUCAGAAGAGCCCGACAUGUUUGCUGCUGACCCCUGAACUGCGCUUCCACAGUUUUGGCUUUGCAGCACGAGACAGCUAUCAUGACUUGGAUCCUGAGGAAGCUAGACACUGGCUCUACUUUGAUAAAUUCAAAAUGAAGAUCCAUAGCACUAGUGACCUCACCAUGGUGACAGAGUUGGAGUCAGUGAGUGGAAGAAGAGUUCGGGCUAUUGAGGUUUUUGCACAUGCUUUAAGAUUCUUCCGGGAGCAUGCCUUAAAGGAGGUGAAGGACCAGUGUUCAUCUGUACUGGAAAGUGAUGAAGUGCGAUGGGUCAUCACUGUUCCUGCUGUGUGGAGACAACCAGCCAAGCAGUUCAUGAGAGAGGCUGCUUACCUGGCCGGCCUUGUGGCUAGAGACUCUGUUGAGCAGCUACUCAUUGCUCUUGAACCUGAAGCCGCUUCAAUCUAUUGUAGAAAGCUCCGCCUCCACCAGGUCAUUGACCUCAGCCAGAGACCAAUGACAAAUGGCUUGGAUGUGGAUGGGUCCCGCCCCCUUGACUCUAGUUUUAGGCAAGCACGUGAACAGCUUCGCAGGGCCAGACACAGCCGAACGUUCCUCGUGGAGAGUGGAACUGGGGAAUUCUGGUCUGAGAUGCAGACGGGUGAUAAGUACAUAGUGGCAGACUGUGGAGGCGGGACGGUGGAUCUUACAGUACAUCAGAUUGAACAGCCUCAAGGAACACUGAAGGAGUUGUACAAAGCAUCAGGAGGUCCCCAUGGUGCGGUAGGCGUAGACCUUGCUUUUGAGGCCAUGCUGUGUAAGAUAUUCAGCACAGACUUUGUUGAAACAUUUAAAGCCAAACGUCCGGCUGCCUGGGUGGACCUGACCAUCGCCUUUGAGGCCCGCAAACGCACAGCAGCCCCAAGCAGAACAAGUGCACUCAAUAUCUCACUGCCCUUUUCCUUCAUUGACUUCUACAAGAGACACUGUGGCCAAAGCGUGGAGACAGCACUACGCAAGAGCAAUAUGAGCAUAGUAAAAUGGUCUUCUCAAGGGAUGCUAAGGCUUACAGCAGAGGCUACAAAUGAGCUUUUCCAGCCCACCAUCAGCAAGCUCAUCAAACACAUUGAGGACCUGAUGGAGAAGGAGGAAGUUAAAAAUGUGCGCUUUCUGUUCUUGGUGGGUGGCUUUGCUGAGUCUCCAAUGCUCCAGCGUGCAGUCCAGAAUGCACUGGGCCAUCGCUGCCGCAUCAUUAUCCCUCAGGAUGUGGGUCUUACCAUCCUUAAGGGGGCAGUGCUGUUUGGCUUAGACCCCACAGUGGUCCGAGUCCGCCGCUGCCCUUUAACAUAUGGUGUUGGUGUCCUAAACCGCUUUAUUGAGGGUCGUCAUCCACAUGAGAAACUUCUCAUAAAAGAUGGCCGGCAGUGGUGCACAGACAUCCUGGAUCGCUUUGUUUCUACUGACCAGUCAGUGGCCUUGGGAGAGGUGGUCAGGCGGAGCUACACUCCAGCCAGAGUGGGCCAAAGGAAGAUUAUAAUAAAUAUUUACUGUUGCACUAGUGAUGAUGUAGUGUACAUUACAGAUGCUGGAGUUAGGAAGUGUGGUACCAUAACACUGGAUCUGCCUGAGGGGGAAACAGGUGCCAUCAGCAAAGGCACAAAUGGAGCAGUGCUUGAGCGCAGGGAGAUACAAGCCACCAUGCAGUUUGGAGACACUGAAAUUAAAGUGACUGCUAUUGACAUGGCCACAGGGAGACAGGUUAAGUCUGCUAUUGACUUCCUGUCUAACUAACCAAAAAUUAUCAUUGUUUUAAGGGCCAGAUAAUAAAGUAUAUAAACAACUCAAAAGACUAAUUCAGAAUCCAUUUAUCUGGAUCCUGAAAUAUUUUGGCACAUUUUCUGUUUCUCAAGCUAUUUCAUUGUAAGAAACUACUUAAAAACUUUAUUUUUGUAUGUACUAUUGCGGAGAUUUUACUGUCCAGUUUUUACUGUGUUUCUUUUUUAUGAUCAAAAUUGUUACAGACCAAAACAUGUUCCCUUUUUCUUUACAACAGUGCCACCUAGUGGCUGAAAUACUAAUACAUUACAAGGACUUCAUAUACGAGAAAUCAUUACAAAUGUACACAAUGUUCUUACGUUAUUCUCUAAAGUUUUUUUUUGUGGUUAUGCAUUAACUUUGAAUAUAUACCUAAUACACACUAUGAACACCA